AUGUCUUUCCUCUCGGCGUCAUUAGACCAUACCUUGACCAUACGUUUUGUGGCUGUGGGCCUCAAGCGAAGCGCACUACACAGGUCUACGCUACGUGUCUACGUAUUUGCGGAGUACGACGUCCAAGGACGCCAUCAUGACCGCCGUAAUAGCACGGUUCACAACCAAGUGCGGCAAAUGCCUGUAAGAAUUGACAGUGACACUGGAAGAUGCAUGUUCUCGACUUCAUGCCAAAAGACCAGAGAUAUGUAUAAGUGGCGAGCGGACGGCGGACGCCGCGCGACGUCACGGGGAUGCACGGCGCGGGGCGGGACGUUCCCGUUUCUGGUGAAUCGUCAUUUAGCUUUAAUGCGGGUCGCGACCUAUAUGCGAAUAUUAGCGAUGCCGUCUCCAAUACUGGGUCGAGUGUCUUCAGUCGAGCCCCGGUCUCAUUCCGAAAUAAAAAAAAACGUUUUGGCACAACGCGUGACAAUGGCACGGAGUUCAAUAAUACUGAUCCAUCCGCCGCGGCCUCGCGCGACGUCCGCUCGAACGCCACAUAGCUGCGAGAUUCACCAUCCUCAAAUAUCGCCAAACGUGCACUAA